GUUCAUUCUCCUUUCUCAUUGCACCAUACUGAAUACAUCCCAGCUGGCUCGUUCACACGUUUAUUCGUUACCUUGUCUCAAUUGCUUCCUCUCCUCUACUUUUCUUUCAUAUUCCCAACGAAAUACCUUCAACUUCCGUGGCGCCCUAUCCGCGCGCUCUGGGCUGCCUGGCUCGGCGGGGUCGAUAUCCUACGACUACCAGUAUGGCCCUGACAACUGUUGAUCACCCAUCUCCUGUGGAAAAGAAGGAAGAAUUCGAACCACCUCCGGAUGUGGUGGUGACACCCUGUGAUCCUUUACCUAGGCCUUACUACAUCGAAGGAGGCUUGCGCAGAGUUGCCCCAUACCACUACACGUAUAAUACAUUUUGUAAAGAAAGGUGGCGGGGUCGAGGACUGUUAGAUGUCUUUGGAGCAGAGUUUAGAGAUAGGCCGAGGGAGUAUUAUCAAAAAGCCAUUGAAGACGGGGCUGUAUGCAUAAACGGGAAGGCCGUUUCAAUAGAUACGAAGAUCCAAAAUGGGGACGUCAUUUCGCACACACUCCACAGACACGAGCCGCCUGUCACCAGUCAACCGAUCGGCAUAAUCCACGAGGACAAUGACAUGAUUGUGAUCGAUAAACCGGCGGGCGUUCCUGUACACCCUGCGGGGAGAUACAAUUAUAAUUCAGUUCUCGAGAUAAUGAAGGCGGAGCGUGGAAAUGGUUGGGUUCCGUAUCCCUGCAAUCGUCUGGAUAGGUUGACCUCGGGGGUGAUGUUUAUCGGCAAACACCCCAAGGGUGCAGAACAGAUUGGCGAAAAGCUCCGAUCGCGCACUGUGCGCAAGGAAUAUGUGGCACGCGUGAAAGGGAAGUUCCCGGAUGGCGUUGUGUUGUGUGAUCAACCUAUGUUGAAAAUCAGUCCGAUUCUGGGCUUAAACCGUGCAAGAGCUUCAGGAAAGGAAGCGAGAACAAAAUUCCGGAGAAUUGCAUAUUAUCCGCCGCAUAAGCAAGCAGAGAAAACCUCGGGUUCGUCAACCGGACCGGCAACGCCUCCCGCAACACUACCAGAUCAAAUGAACAUCAGCGAUUCGCCGACCGAUACCCCCACAGGAGCAACCACCCCUAUUCCUAUGAGCUUAGACGAAGAGGGCUAUAGUAUCGUUCACUGCCUGCCACUGACUGGCCGCACCCACCAGCUUCGCGUCCACCUUCAAUACCUAGGCCAUCCAAUAACCAAUGACCCAAUUUAUUCCAACCGGCGAGUCUUUGGCCACAGCCUUGGAAAGGCAGACGCAACGGGAGAAAACGACGAGCAGAUAAUAUACCGGCUGUCCAAAAUGGGUAAAACCGAACCCGCCGACUCACUCAGUUACCAAACAUUCCAAACACCACCACCUGAAUCAGUCUCCAAGAACGACCCUGCCGUUGUGGAUGAGCUGUUAGCCAAGGAACAUGAAGUUAUGGUUAAUGACUAUUUGAAACGCAAGGGGGAGAAGAUGAACGGGAAGCAAUGCGAGAUAUGCGGAACGGAUUUAUACACCGAUCCCGGUGUACAUGAACUGGGAAUUUUCCUGCAUGCGGUGUCAUAUGCGGAUGUCACUGGUGCAUGGAAGUAUAAGAGUAAAAUGCCUGGCUGGGCACUGCCCCCCGAGGGCAUGGAGGGUCCUACCACUGUACCAGAUUGGGUGGAUGAUGAGGAAGAGGAAGUUGUUGGGAAAGGGCAGCAUGGGGAUUCGGCAUUGGUUGAGGGGUUAGGCGCUGUGAACGUGACUGAGCUGAUCGAUAAGAAUAUGAAGGAGCAGCAGAUGAAGGAGAAUGGAGGUGAUAUUGAUAUUGCUACUACUAGAGCCGAAACAAGUGCUGCUGUUUCGUAAGGGGAUAUCGUGAGAUGGAUCAAUAGGCUGUGGCUAGUUGGAUUACGACUAUUUCAGAUACCAUGCCCACUAUAUAAAAAUGCGCAUAUCUAUCAAAAUAUUUUUCUCCAGUGUUGGCAUCCUAAUACUUUCCUCCUCCAGCACAGCACGUGCAAGAGCGGUAAUACUGGUACUUCGCGAAUGGUGGUGAUCUCCGCCUUCAACUUCGCCAUCUUCUUCAUUUCCAUGCUGUUCAUCCUGCGUCCGGGCCUACCCCAUGCCGGAGAACACAAUUUUUAUGCUCAAUUGCCAGAUGGAGUUAGGUAGAGGAUUCCUCCUCCGGUUCCACUUUGGACUCCCGCUCGAUAUAUGUUGUCGGGCGUCGAUAAUGGACCUGCUGGUCAGGUUCCCACCGUCCUAGUGCUGUGAAAUUUUCAAUAUGGAAUGUUUCUCAGUAACGAUACCUGAGAGGUAUAGAAUAUUUUUAACACGCAAUAAGAUCAUAAAAUCUAUGUCUAAUGGUAAUUUUCACUCCGCUAUUCCCAAAUUUCCUCCAAUAUACGGAGAAGCCCAUCAAUAUCCAAAGCAGAAACAAUAACAAUAACAACAACAAUAAUCUAGUUCACAGGGUAUAGAAUGGGACCAUGUGAACGCGCUCUCUACCGUUACGACAUAACAACCUGCCCAACUUGAAAGGCUUCCUUGCUUAACAUUUUCAUAUCUGAGAUUGUGCCGAGCCAGUCUAUAUUCUUUAGCCUUCCUAUCAACCCCUUCAUCCGUCAGUUUAGGCAAUGCCUUUGCGACCUUGACGUAAUUCAUCUUCUCGACAUAUCCCUUGGCGAAGAUGUGGUUGAUUUCCUCCAAGCUCCGACCUGCAGUUUCUGGGUAAAAGAACCAGAUGAAUGGUAUGAGAAUAGCGUUCCAUGCACUGAAGAAGGGAUAUGCCCGCCAUCCGAUACGGACCACCAUGACUGGCGUCAUCAUGACGACUAUAAAAUUGAAAAGCCAGUUAUUGCAGGUGGAAAUGACGUUGGAUUUGGCUCGUGUCCGGGCAAAAGUUCGGCAGGGUAUAACCAAGGGAGAGGCAGCCAAGUUGCACCAAAGAAACACAUGUACAUGAAGAAGCCAAAUAUUGCGCCCUUGGCGGUUUGGUCAUCUCCGGGGAUAAGACAUGCGAAUACGAUGACCAUGGCAGCGCAUAGACCGAAACUCCCUGCAAGGAAGAGCUUGCGACGCCCUAUUUUCUCAAUGAAGAACCAUGAGAACGUCGCAAAAAAAAAAUGGAAUAGACAAUCAUAUUAACGCCACCGAUCAACAAUGCAAAGUCAUGCGACUGGUUGAGGGACUCUUCUCACAAUGCUGGAAGAUAGUAAAUGACGGCGUUACAUCGGAACCCACAACCAUGCGACAGAAGUGCUGAGUCCUGCCCUCAAUGAGAAGAUCUUUGUAACCUGCUUUCGUGGCACCUGGACUAAUGUUUUGGUCGGUUUGUGAGUGGAGGCGCAGCAGAGGGGAAAGAGCUUCACUUAGUCUCUAUUUAAUCGAAUAGAUGACCAGAUUCUUUUGCAGCUAGGUGGCAGGGUCGUCAAUCUCUGUGCCCGCAAGGGCAGCAAGUACCCUUUCACCUUCAACCUUGUCCUUGGAGAUAAGAUAACGGGGUGAGUCGGGAAGAUAAAACAUGCCGAUUAUAAUGAAAACGCCAACAACGACAAACGACCUGGAAUGCAAUAAGGAAUCUCCAGAGCAAGUCUUAGGGUCCAUAACGCGCCCCGAAGUCAAUCCAAUAGGCAAUUGCUGUGCCGAUGGGAAUGACGCCACACUCAAUACAGAUCAACAACCCGCGGUUAUGGGACUUGGAACAUUCAGCCUGGUUGGUGGGGAUGGUAUAUGGGUAAUUCCAUUUCCAACUCCAGUGACGACACGGCCGAUGAUAAACUGCACGAGUGGAACCUUGUCUUCGAUUGCAGUAACUUGAAUAAUCACGCCGAGAAUCAUAAUUAUCGCACCGGAUAUGAUCAUCCAACGACGACCGAGCCGAUCGACGAUGAAGAGUGCGACAACCGCACCUAGGAGACACCCUAUAUCCGGUAUUAGUUUUGUGAUUUCUUCCGUGCAGCUUGAGCGAACUCUUGUGUGCUCCGCACAGUCAAUUUCCAGAAUCGACCAUAUAACAUACGGUCAUAUCCGAAUAGCAAAAAAGCCAUGGUGGCGACGGUUGAACCUGCUAGGGAAAGCUUCUUCCCGCUCAUGCCUGCAUACGUCGGCGAUACCAUGACGAAUAUACGCCGUUAAAGGAGGCCAGUGCUAGUUAAGACAACUCGAGCUGGGUCAAAGGGAGGGGAGGUAAAAUCAAGAAAAGAGAGCUGUGAUAAUAUUAAGGGAUUUUUCGUUUGAAAAUACGGAAGUGCGGGGAGGGGAAACGACGGGAAAAGAGAUAAGGAGAUAUAGGACAGUACAGCGGGAGACUUUGGAUGAAGCCUUGAAGAGACCGAUACAGAAGGGAAAAAGAAUGGAAGUUGAAACAGGGAACAUUGUGCAUUUCGGGGAUAGAUUAUAUUUGAAUAAUUUGCUCCACAAGACCAAUUCAAGGAAUGGAUGGAAUUGCAUCAAUGGAGUUAUAAGAUGGAGCAGAUGGCAGCUCUACUGAUGUUCCCCUGGAGCGCUCAGAGUUUGCUUCAUCCCUCAAAGCCAAAAUAUGAACCUAGCGGCUCAGGGGCCGGCGGGAUCCAAACCUCGCGUAUCUUCACCAUCCCAUGGAUGGAAGUAGAACAAUGGCAUGAAACUACCACCCCUACAGGCGUUGUACCGGGAACAUCGGUAUACAUACACAUUGCCGGGACAUGACGCAGCGCAGGGCUCCAGAUAAGCUUUUCUUAGCGUGCAGGACCCAUAAAUAGCUUAAAUAUGGAGACCAUGACAUCAUGAUCAGACGACCGAAACUUGAAGGCUUCCGCCAACCCAACCACGUCUUGUAUAGUUUUGUAGAUCUCUCUCUUUCCCUCGCACAAUAUCAUGUCCCAUUGGCCGGGAAAUAUAGGGACAGUCCCGACCCGAGUGCCCGAUGAGUACGAGCGAUUAUCACUACUACUAUGAAUAUUGGGGUAUCUGAAGGGAAAAUGACUUUCUCAUCCAGGUGGGCACCGUCUUCAAUUAUUCUAUACCUUGGGGAAUAUCAUGUCCUGCAAAAAGGGCCUCUUCCUUUAUAAAAAACUUCCCUCCUACGUGCGCCCGCCAUUUGACCAAAUAUGCUUGCCUCCACCGCCGCAGAUCCGCAUAGAAUGUCCGUUAUAUCAACUGAACAGAUAUUGCCAAAUUAUCUAGCCCUUCCGUAUCAUUUUCUGGGUAACCGUUGAGUGUGGUUAGGGGAAAGAAUGGGGCAGGAUUGGAUUUCAAAUUUAAUGAAUUUGUUGGAAUGGAUCGGAAUAUAUUUAACAUGAGACUCAGAAUAUAAUAUGAAGCUUUUCCGAAUAAUGAUGAAAGCGGGGAGAAAAACUACCCAUGCACUAGAGAGCUUUGCAUUCCAUCCUCCAAAAGUCGCGGGCAUGGGAUAUUUCCUGGCUGGCUAGGAGCUACGUAGCCUCCCGCUGCUAAUUUAGAACUGGACGUAUAAUCGUCUAACGCAUCUAGCAGUUCUCAUGCAAUCCUUGUUCUUAAUCGUAGGUGUCGCAACGAAUACCCAUUCCUCAGGCUGGGAUUAUGAAAUUUGCGCGCUCUCGUAGAUAUGUUUGGUUUAGAUGUGUUCAUAAGAAAUCCAAGGAGAGGGAUAAUAAUGUAUAAAAGGGCAUUUAAAUAAGAUACUAGUACUACUGGCAGCAGCACACAUUGGAACCGGACCAACCCCCUCCACCAACCCCCCCUGUGAACAUUGGAGUGGGAUAUUAUAAAUCUAGGGGUCAUAUUGCCUUAGCAGAAUGAUGGCCAGUGAAUAAACGAAGACCUUGAAAAGUUCUCCGGCGCUCUGCUUUGCGCUGAAAUGAUCUCAAGAGUCCAAGAGUUCGGUCGGUAAGAAAUUAUUUGGAUGCUAUCGUGGGGACCCCUUGUCCACGUCUCACGCACAAAGGUUGGUGCAGCAUGCUGAGAAGUAGGAAAAAGAUGUGAACAGGGCCUUCUGAAUAAUCCUAAGAGUUGUGUUUUGCGAGGAGGAGUUGCUGUGUUCUCUUACACCACUCCUAGUAAAGUUUUGCUAGUAAGUGGU